AUGGAGAAGGCGGCAUCCCUCUUGGACGAUAAUUCCCCGAUUGAAGCGGGAGAGAAAACCCUGAUGCAGAAGGCCAUGAGCAGGACGUUUCAUAGCACGAGCCAUUUAGCCAAUUAUUUACCAACUGGGACAGUCUUAGCUUUCCAAAUUCUAUCACCUCUUGUCACGAACCAAGGAGAGUGCAGCUCGCUUAGACGGGGGCUGGCAGCCACGCUCAUAGCUCUCUGUGCACUGUCAGGUAUUCUCCUGAGCUUCACAGACAGCUUUAAGGACAAGAAAGGGCAUGUUUGUCAUGGCAUAGCCACACCCCAUGGUCUGUGGGUCAUUGAUGGCUCGGCUGUUCUACCGCCCAAAGUUGCUGAGAAGUAUCGACUAAGGUUGAUAGAUUUUGUGCAUGCCCUCAUGUCAAUAUUGGUCUUUGCAACUGUUGUAAUGUUUGACCAAAGCUUUGUCAAGUGCUUCUGUCCAACAGCAUCAGAUAUGAUGAAGCAGAUCCUAGCAGUGCUGCCUGUUGUAAUUGGGGCCAUUUGCAGUAGCUUGUUUGUAAUCUUCCCCACCCGACGCCACGGCAUAGGCUUCCCCAUCACUUCUGGCUAA